GGACCUUUCUCCAGCUUCAACCUUUCUGCAUCCAUCUGAUUCAUUUCUUUUUCUCCUUCCCUUCAUUCGGUUUGGGUACGGGGUUGUUUCAUGACUUUCAAUUGCCCUUUUGUAUCAUAUCACCUUUGAUUUUCUUCUCUUUUCUAUCCUUUUUCUUUUUUUUUCUCUCUUCCUCACACCUACGGUUUCGUCCUUCCCGCUGGUCGAAGUCGGAAAGCUGUCGAAUGACAGCUUAGGUUAUAGAUCUUAUCUUUUCUAUAUAAAUAUCUUUGGUCCUUGUUGAUCCACCCCAUCGGUCAGAAUGGCGCAGUCCAAUGGCCAGAAGGAGGUCUCGAAAGAGUCUCCGGAGCAGCUCACCAAUGGAAAUCAUGAGGCUGGUGCUCAGGAGGAGGAGAUGAACGGUGGCCUUUUCCAGGUCACCGUCAAGCUCCCUCACGAGCCCUACAAGAUCCAGGUGAUGGUUUCCAGCCAGGAACAGGUCCAGGAUGUCCGGCAAUCCAUUGUCGAGCUUCCCAGCACCUUCCAGUACACCUGUUUCCACCUCGAGUUCAACGGUGAACGCAUCAAUGACUUUUUCGAAUUGUCCGAGGUCCCCGACCUGAAGGCCGACUCCGAAAUCGUUCUGGUCGAGGACGCCUACACCGAGAAGGAGGCCCGCAUGCACGUCGUGCGCAUGCGGGAACUGGUCGGUGCCGCCGGUGACCGUGUGGACAACCUGCAGGGUGUCGAGGCCGGGUUGUCGCUACAUGACUCCAUCGCCGCCGAUGCCGCCUCCGAGAAACCGGAUGCGCAGAAGGAGCACGCCCUCUCCAAGUACGAGAUCGCCGGCACCUCGGCGCUCAAGACCAUCCUGCCCCGGGCCGAAGCUCCCCUCCCCAAGACCAUCAAGGGUAUCUCGCUCUCGGCCUGGAACCCGGUCCCGUAUCAUCUGCGCCAGAAGGGCCACUUGCUCUACCUGCAGGUGACCACCAACGAGGGUGAGCAGUUCCAGAUCACCGCCCACGUGUCUGGAUUCUUCGUGAACAAGUGCUCGAACGCCAAGUUCGAUCCGUUCCCCAAGGCCAUCCCGAAUAAGAAGGGCAGCGCCCACUCCCUGCUGACCUUGAUCUCGCACCUGUCGCCGUCGUUCAACUCCGCCUUCGAGGCUCUCCAGGAGUACAACAACCAGAAGGAUCUCCUGACCACCUUCCCCUUCCAAAACGCCAUCCCCCACAGCCCCUGGGUCGUCCCCCCGCCGUCGACCAACAUCAACGCCCACCAACCGGACAUCACCCGCUCGCAAGAGAACUACCUCAUCUCCGGUGUGGACAACGCCGAGACCCUGCGGGACUGGAACGAGGAGUUCCAGACCACCCGUGAGCUGCCCCGCGACACCGUGCAGGACCGCGUCUUCCGCGAGCGCCUCACGUCCAAGCUGUUUGCCGAUUACAACGAGGCGGCGGCCCGGGGCGCCGUCCUGGUUGCCAAGGGUGAGGUCGCUCCUCUGAACCCCACCGAGGGUCGGGAUGCCCAGAUCUUCGUGUACAACAACAUCUUCUACUCGUUCGGUGCCGACGGUGUCGGGACCUUCGCUUCCGAGGGUGGUGAUGAGGCCGCCCGCGUGGCGGUGGGCAAGGACGUCCUGGGUAUCAAGGCGGUCAACCAGCUCGACAUUGACGGCCUCUUCACCCCCGGAACCGUCGUGGUCGAUUAUAUGGGCAAGCGUAUUGUCGGCCAGAGCAUCGUUCCCGGUAUCUUCAAGCAGCGCGAGCCCGGUGAGCACCAGAUCGAUUACGGUGGAGUUGAGGGCAAGGAUGUCGUCGCGACCCACCCUGACUUCGUGCCCGUGUUCGAGAAGCUGUCCAAGGCGCUCCGCAUCAAGAACCACCCCGUCUGGGACAAGGAGGGCCAGCGCCACGACUUGGAAGGCAGUGUCGAAACCAAGGGCCUCCUUGGCACCGACGGCCGGAAGUACGUGCUCGACCUCUACCGGGUGACUCCUCUGGAUGUCGCCUGGCAGGAGGAGCAGGCCAACACCGACUAUCCUCAUCGGAUGUCGGUCCUGCGGUUGGAGCUGAUCGAGUCCUACUGGAGACAUAACAUGAGCCAGUACGUGAAGGGUGAGGUUGAGCGCCGCCGCGCCGCCAAGGCCGAGCAAGACGCUAAGAAGACCUCCGAAUCCGAAUCGAAGGAGCAGGGCUCCGAGGAGAAGAGCGAGGAGGAGCUGAACCAGGAGCGCGUUGAUAUCUCCGGCUUCUCCCUCACUCUGAACCCCGACGUCUGCAGCGGCCAGGUCCCCCAGACGGCCGAAGAGAAGGAGGCGUGGGCCAGCGACGAGAAGGAGGUCCGUCAGACCUGCGACUUCCUGCGGACCAAGGUCAUGCCUGAGCUCGUCCAGGACCUGCACGAUGGGGACGUCGGCUUCCCCAUGGACGGCCGGUCUCUCAGCCAGCUUCUGCACAAGCGCGGUAUCAACAUCCGUUAUCUGGGCAAGCUGGCCCAGAUGUCCCAGGAGAAGGGCUCUCGCCUUGAUGCUCUGUCCACUCUCUUGGUGCAGGAGAUGAUCGCGCGUGCGUUCAAGCACACCGCCAACAAGUACCUGCGCAACGUCGCUGCUCCCUUCACCGGAUCCUGUCUCGCCCACCUGCUGAACUGCCUGCUGGGUGCGGAUGUGAACCCGGCUCCCCGCGCCGAGGUUGACGACUCCCUGCGCGAGAUCUACCCCGAGUCUGACUUCUCCUUCGAGAAGGUCAGCCCGCAGACCCUGCGUGAGGAGAUCGAGAAGCAGGUCACCCUCCGAUAUGCCUUCACCCUGGAGGCGGGAUGGUUCAACACCCUGCGCCAUCUGCAGCUGCUCCGUGACAUCUCCCUCAAGCUUGGUAUCCAGCUCGGCGCCCGUGAUUUCGCUUUCGCCAAGUCCCAGGUGCCCGCCAAGGCGCCCGCUGCCAAUGGCAACGGGCCUGAGGAGGCCCCUAAGAAGAACAAGAAGAAGAAGGGCGGUGAGACGAAAGCCCCGGCCCGCGUUGUCGUGGAGGACAAGACCGCCGUGUCGAUUGUCCCCGACGACAUCAUCAACGUUGUGCCUCUCGUGAGGGAUGCCUCGCCUCGGAGCUCUCUGGCCGAGGAAGCCCUGGAGGCUGGUCGUAUCUCGCUCAUGCAGAACCAGAAGGAACUGGGCCAGGAGCUGAUCCUGGAGUCUCUGUCCCUGCACGAACAGAUCUACGGCAUCCUGCACCCCGAGGUCGCCAAGCUCUACCACCAGCUGUCCAUGCUCUACUACCAGACCGACGAGAAGGAGGCUGCCGUGGAGCUGGCCCGCAAGGCCGUCAUCGUCACCGAGCGUACUCUUGGUGUGGACUCGGCCGACACCAUCCUGAGCUACCUCAACCUCAGUCUGUUUGAGCACGCCUCGGGCAACACCAAGAUCGCCCUGGCUUACAUCAAGCACGCCAUGGAUCUGUGGAAGAUCAUCUACGGCGCCAACCAUCCCGACUCGAUCACGACCAUGAACAACGCCGCUGUGAUGCUGCAGCAUCUGAAGCAGUACAAGGACUCUCGGAAGUGGUUCGAGGCGUCCCUGUCGGUGUGUGAGUCGCUCUUCGGCGAGCAGUCCAUCAACACUGCCACGAUCCUGUUCCAGCUGGCCCAGGCGCUGGCGCUCGACCAGGACUCGAAGGCCGCGGUCGGCAAGAUGCGUGAUGCCUACAACAUCUUCCUCAGCCAGCUGGGCCCCGAGGACCGCAACACCAAGGAGGCCGAGACGUGGCUCGAGCAGCUCACGCAGAACGCGGUCUCCAUCGCGAAGCACGCCAAGGAUAUCCAAGCCCGCCGACUGCGUCGGAUCAACAUGGGCAGCAGCAUUCUCGGCAGCACCAAGGUCCAGCCCCAGGUCGGCCAGUCCGCACCUGAGGCGUCCGGCGCGGCUGGCACCGGCUUGGACGCUCGGAACAUCGACGAGCUGCUCAAGUUCAUCGAGGGUGGUGAAGCCAGCGCCUCUCGCCCCAAGAAGAAGCGCAGCGCCACCGCCAACCCCAAGCUCCGUGGCUCGAAGAAGACAUCGUCUUAAAAGCGAAAAAAAUAAAACAAAAAAAAAACCUUCCCCUCCGCUGAUCCUUUUAUAACGAAAACCCAAAAUAUAUGCCUUCCCUUCUUUGCUUGAUUUGUGUUAACAGCUUCGGUAUAUUGAAAACCCCUUAGGUUUAAGGGGACGACACGUUGGAUGAGCGGGAUCUUUCCUUGUUUUGGCCUUUGUUUUCUAUUUAUUCUUUUUUUGUUGCAGAAAUCUCCCUACUCUUUGGUUGUUGUGGAUUUUAUUUGGCAUGGAUGAGAUGAUUGAUUGUUCAUCGCGGGCAGUUGUGCAUAGCAUGGUUGGACGAUUUGCAUGCUGGAUGGUUCUGUAUGUAUACUAUAUUUAUAUAUGACUGGCGACGCAAUCAUUAGCAUAAGCCUGCACUUGAUGUGGGUUUCAU